AUGGCAAAAUCACGUGCCGAAGAAACUGAAAUGCUUCAAUCAACAACGUUGUCGACUAGAGUGGUUCCAAUUGCUUAUGAAAAACCGGCGAAAAAUCCGAUUUUCUUUCCAGCGCUUUUAAUUGGUCUUCAAGCAGUUUUUAUCAUUCUAUUAGGUUUACAUGCUGAGUAUGGUCAUGAACCAAUUGGAAAUCAUAUAACAUUACCAAAACAUUCGGUUAUAAGUUUUCCAAAUGGGACUCAUGUUCGUAUUCACGACGAAGCAGAAACACCACAUCGAGGCAUUGCUGAUUUCUAUUCAAUGUUUCAAGAUAUUCAUAUUAUGAUAUUUAUCGGUUUUGGAUUUUUGAUGACAUUUCUUAGAAAAUAUGGAUUCAGUGCAGUUGGUUAUAAUUUUCUUGUUGCUGCAUUUGUUCUCGAAUGGGCAUUAAUUGUUCGUGGUUAUAUGUUUGAUUAUGAACCAGCAACAAAAUCAUUUCCUAUUGAUAUUGAACGAAUUAUAGUUGCUGAUUUUGUUGCGGCAGCUAUACUUAUUUCAUUUGGUGCUGUGUUAGGAAAAACAAAUCCAACACAAUUAAUUGUAAUGGCUUUUAUUGAAGUUUUACUUCAAUCAGCUAAUGAAUAUAUUGGCCUUAAACGUUUCUGUGCUUUUGAUAUUGGUGAAUCAAUGUUCGUUCAUGUGUUUGGUGCCUAUUUUGGUCUUGCAGUAGCUUUUAUGCUUUAUGAUAAAGAAUUAACAAGUGUAGAAGCCGAACAAAGAGAAAAAUCAGUUUAUCAUUCAGAUCUUUUUGCUAUGGUUGGUACUAUUUUUCUCUUUUGCUUUUGGCCAUCAUUCAAUGCCGGUGUAGCAGCAGCAGGCGAUUCACGUCUUCGAGCUGUUGUCAAUACUUAUAUUAGCAUUGCAUCCAGUGUUUUACUUACUUAUAUAUGUUCGUGUUUAUUUAGUAAGGAGAAAAAAUUUGAUAUGGUUCAUAUUCAAAAUGCAACAUUAGCCGGUGGUGUUGCUGUUGGAACAGUUGCUGAUAAAAUUAUUCGCCCAUUUGGCGCUAUGAUUAUUGGUUCAGUAGCUGGUGCAUUAUCAACAAUUGGUUUUCGAUUUAUUAAAUCUACUCUUCAGAAAUUUAAAGUUCAUGAUACAUGCGGUGUAAACAAUCUUCAUGGUAUGCCCGGUUUACUUGCUGGUAUAUUUGGUAUUAUGUUAGCUUUUCUUCCUGCUUAUUCACUUUAUAACGAAAAUAUAAUUCCUGUAUGUUGGCAUUCAACCGAACGAUCACAUUUAAUGCAAGUUGGUUAUCAAGCUGCUGCAUUAGGUACUACACUUGUUAUUGCGAUUACUGGAGGUAUUAUAACAGGUCUCAUACUUCGCUUACCAUUAUUUAAUGAUGAACGUCCAUCAUCUUAUUACAACGAUCAUACUCAUUGGGAAACACCCGAUGAUUUUCAUGAUGCUCAUUCAACUGCUUUAAUUUCAAGUGAAACUGAACGUCAUGUAUAA